AUGUUGAUGCUCCAGUCGCGUAGUUCCUCCUGCCAGGCGGCCUACUCGCGCAUUAGCAACCGUUGUAUUCUCCUCGGCCCGUCCUCCGGAUCUGUGAGAAAGCUCGAUCUCCAACCUACUGCCGAUGCAGAGGGCCUGGGGAUCGGUGAUAGUCACGGCGCCUCACGCCACACCUGGCCACAUUGCAAACCAUCACUACGACUCAGGCACUUGCGCCCGCACCUGCCUAGCACGGUCAGCGACGAUGGCUCCAUGAGCACCAGUCGCGUGCUGCUAGGGUUAUGCUCCCACGCUUCCGUGGGCAGAUUGCCCGUCUCCUUGGCUGCUUCGGCAUUCCGAAGCCAGCAACAAAGCUUUAGGUGCCAGCAGACCAGGGGCGCCAAGACGAGGACAACUGUGAAGCUUGAUGAUCUCCCGACGGUCAAAUGUGCCAAGACCAAGAAAAAGGUCGAGUCACAGGGGCCGUCAACAAAUCCCAAGUCUGCCGGUAGACGGACCGUCCUCAAGCUUGAAGACUUGCCUCAGGGAGUAAUAGAGGACGCGGAGCCACUCCCGCCGCCCGAGGAUGAAGGCCCGACAUACCCUACCGUAAUCAAACAGGCGCGUCUCAACAUGAACAGGUUCGACAACUGCGUGCUGCUGACCCGCGUUGGUGGUUUCUAUGAGCUUUACUUUGAACAUGCCCAGGAAAUAGGCCCGCAGCUGAACCUAAAAGUAGCCACCAAGAAGACUGCUGCGGGCAAUGUUGCCAUGGCCGGGUUUCCCUUUUUCCAGCUCGACCGGUUCCUCAAGGUCCUAGUCCAAGACCUGAACCGUUAUGUAGCAAUCGCCGAGGAGUUCCCCAAUGAUGCCGGCGACAAGGUCAAGUCUGGGGGCCUCAUGCAUGACCGUCGUGUCGCCCGUGUCAUCACUCCCGGAACCUUGAUCGAUGAGAAUUUCAUGGACCCCUAUUCAAACAAUUAUGUUAUGUCCAUCCACCUGCCAGAGCCGCCCGCAGUCUCCCUGCACGCAGCUGAGCAUAUCUCGGCCGCCGCCACGGCAGCGUCAACCGCUGCACCUCAACCUUUGAUGGGCAACAUCGCCAACUGCCCACUUGGGCUCGCCUGGCUAGACCUAUCUACUGGCCACUUUAUCACCCAAUCAACGACCCUCGGCUCCCUUACCUCGGUCCUCUCCCGCGUUGAUCCGAAAGAGAUUGUUCUUGAUAGGACCAUCGCGCCCCAUGCGUCUGAAGAGCUCCUUGCUCUGCUGGCGGAAGAAAGACGGUUGUCAACACAUGCCGAGCGCCCAGGGCAUUGGACGCCCGCCGACUGGGCCCCGAUGCUCGAGUCUGAGAUGUCACCGCAGUCCAUGGAUGCAUUCACCGCCGAGGAGGUCCAAGCCAGCAACCUGCUGCUUCACUACGUCAGAGACCGGCUGCAGAACAUCAACAUCAAGCUCCAGCCGCCCCGCCGCCAUCAGUCCAUGGAGGUCAUGUCCAUCGACAGAAACAGCAUGCGCUCGCUCGAGAUCAAGAGCACCAUCCGCGACGGCGCCCUUCGCGGUAGUCUGCUGCACGCUGUCCGCCGCACAGUGACGCAGGGCGGGGCGAGGCUGCUCGAUGAGUGGCUGAGCGCACCCUCUACCUCCCUGGACGUCAUCACCUCACGACAGGACCUCGUAUCGCGCUUCCUGCAGGACGAGAGAUUGCGCGACAGUGUUGUGCUACUUCUGAGGAGAUGCGCUGACUCGCAGCGUCUCGUUCAGAAAUUCGCCCUUGGCCGCGGUGAUCCCGACGACCUCCUCGACUUAUCCCGCACUAUUGGCGCAUCGAAUGAUAUCGUUUCGCUUCUAAAAGGCGCCGUCGCAGCGUCCACUGGGCCGAGAAACCCAGCCCCUGAGUCGGACACUGACUGCCUAGAUGACUUGAUCAACCGCAUCAGCCUGCGCCAGCCUCUCGCACUCGCCAAAAUGAUCCGCAACGCGAUCGAUGAGGAAGGCUUGGUACAACGCCAUCAGCUCGAGGAGGAGGCCGCUGGCGAGAUGGUGGAGCUGGCGGAGCAGGUCGUCACGGCUGCAGGUUCGACGGACCUUGCCAACGUGCUGCCCAAGUCAGCUCCCACGGCGGCCGCCAAGAAGCGCCGCGCCGCACCGACGUCCUCCAUCCGCGAAUAUUACAGCGCCGACAACGAUGCCUGGAUCAUGAAGUCCGGCGCCAGCGGUGCGCUGUCGGCCCUGCAUACCGAACUUUCAGGCCUACUACAAGAGCGCGCUGAGCUCCAAGAAUCCCUCCAGGCUCGCCUCCAAGCUUCUACUCUCACCCUGAAAUGGACCCCGAACCUCGGUCACAUCUGCCACGUCAAGGGCAAGGACGCCCGCGCGCCACUGGACGGCGUCAGGUCGCUAUCCUCGUCCCGCAGCACCCGCUCCUUCCACCACGCCGAGUGGACCGACCUGGGCGCCCGCCUCGACAAGGCGCGCGUCGCCAUCCGCGCCGAGGAGCAGCGUGUCUUCCACCUCCUCCGCCGCGCCGUCGUCAAGGCCCUCGUGCCGCUGCGCCGCAACGCCGCCGUCCUUGACGAGCUCGAUGUCGUCACCGGCAUGGCCCGUCUCGCGCACGAGCGGGGCUGGGUCCGCCCCGUGGUAAACCACGGCACCGCCCACGCCGUCCUCGGCGGCCGCCACCCGACCGUCGAGGCUGGACUCGCCGACCGCGGACGCUCCUUCAUCGGCAACGACUGCUUCGUCGGCUCGCCGGGCCAUGGCCGCGUCUGGCUCGUCACCGGUCCCAACAUGGCGGGCAAGUCGACCUUUCUGCGGCAAAACGCCCUCAUCACCGUCCUCGCCCAGGUGGGUUGCUUCGUGCCGGCCGAUCACGCCGAGCUCGGAAUUGUCGACGCCCUCUUCAGCCGCGUCGGGUCCGCCGACGACCUCUACCGCGACCAGAGUACCUUCAUGGUCGAGAUGCUCGAGACGGCCCAGAUUCUCCGCAGCGCCACGCCCAGGAGCUUUGUCGUCAUGGACGAAAUUGGCCGCGGUACGACGCCCGAGGACGGUACUGCCGUCGCUUUUGCGUGCGUAGAGCACCUGGUCAAUAUCAAUCGGUGCAGGGCCCUGUUUGCUACACAUUUCCAUACCGUUGCCGACCUCGCAGUUGCCAAGGGUAUGCAUGCGGCCGAAGGCAGCACGGACGGCGUGGAGAUGUACUGCACCGAUAUUGAGGAGGAUACAAGUUGUAGCUUCAUCUACGUGCACAAGCUACGCAAGGGCGUCAACCGGCAUAGCCAUGCACUCAAGGUCGCCCGCCUGGCUGGUCUGCCCGAGGCCGCUAUAAACGUCGCAAAGGAUGUGUUGCAAAACAGACCUCAAGUGCCUAAGGGGUAA